AUGAUAAGCAUGCAUUUUAAACUCAGUCGAGACAAACUGUACAGCACAAGAUGCUGUGUAUGUUGCCACGUCCGGACGGGAACUAUUAUCCUCGGAACAUGGUACAUGGUAAUUAACCUGUUGAUGGGAAUCCUGCUAACGGUUGCUGCGACGCAUCCGGAAAGUGUUCCCUCUGUCAACUUACAAUAUGCUGUCAUUGACCAUUACUUAACAUCUGACAGGAUGUCAGGUAAUGCCGGUGCCGGACUGGCCAUUUCUCUGCUGAUGGUCACUAUCAGUGCAGUGAUGCUGUAUGGAGCCAUUACACAUCGCAGUGGGCUGCUCAUACCGUUUUUCUGCUACCAGAUGUUCGACUUUGCUCUGAGCUGCCUGGUGGCCUGCAGCUCUCUCACCUACCUGCCCAGAAUACAGGAGUACCUGGACCAACUGCCGGAUUUCCCGUACAAGGAUAACCUCCUCUCCCUGGACCCCCGAUUUCUGUUUUUCUUCGUGCUAAUCCUCUUCACCUUCCUCAUUGUCCUGAAGGCAUAUUUGAUGAAUUGUGUGUGGAACUGCUACAAGUACAUCAACAACAGGAACAGACCAGAUGUCGCUGUCUUCCUCUCAUUUGAGAAUCAGCCCCAGUCGGCCCUGCCCACGUAUGAGAUGGCUGUAAACAUGCCCGACAAGGACCCUCCUCCGCCUUACAUGCCGUCUUAA